AUGGAGCGGCUGCGGGCCGUGCGGGCGCGCCUGCGGGCCUGGGAGCUCGACUUCGGGCGGCGGCGCGGGCGCCGGCCGGGACGGGCGGACGUGGAGGCGGCGUGCGAGGAGACCCGCGCGCUCUACCGGGAGUACCGCGCCCUGAAGGAGGCCCGGGGCCAGGCCGGCGGCGGCGACCCCCAGCAGGCGCUUCCCGCGGCGGCAGAGGACAGGUGCCGGGUGCUGGAGGGGGCGCGCGGCAUAGGGGGAGGCCUACCUCGUGGAGAACGAGGGCCAGGCCCCCUCUCCUGGCGGGGACCUUGGGGGGGAGCUGGAGACACCUCUGCACCCCCCACCCACCCCCAUUGCACCCACACCCCUUCUCUCCAGCAGGUGCCAGAGCCCAGCUGCUGGGGGCCCCACCUGAACAGGGCUGCGGCCCGGGUUACCCCGCCCUCGCCAGGGCUGAGCACCCUGGGGGCCCAGCUGGACUACGGAGAGAGGCUUAAGGCCAACUUAAAGGGCAACUUGCAGGUAGAGGUCAAGGUUGGGAAAAGCCGGAGCCAUCUACACCGGCCUCUGAGGAGAAUCGCAUCCAAGAAGCCCUCCCCAGGGCCACCAGGGACAGAGGCAGCCCCCGACUCUCCAGAGGAAGCCAGCCAGGCGCUCACCCAGCCCCCAGGUCCCCAGCUGAGGCCCGGCCGGCUCCAGCAGCUGCGGGCGUCCCUGAGCCUGCGGCUGAGCUCCCUGGACCCAGGCUGGCUGGAGCGAUGUCAAGGCGAGACCCUCCCGUCUGGCUUGCCUGCGCAGAAGCCCCAGUCCCUGACCGCCACAGUUUCAUCUGGCCUCUGUCCCGGCACUGGCCCCGAGGUGCACCUGCAGAGCCCAGAGCUUGCCACCCCACAGAACACUGGCCCCGAGGCGCCCCUACAGGACCCAGAGCUUGCCACCCCACAGAACACUGGCCCCGAGACGCCCCUACAGGGCCCAGAGCUUGCCACCCCACAGGUUAGCUUGGUCAGCACGGAGGUUCCCCAUCCUGGCAGCAGCCGAGGCAAGAAGCGGCGUUGGAGCAGAGCAGCUGAGGGGAGCCCCAUGCAGGUCCCGCAGGACAGUGGACAAAUGGAAUCCUCGCAGGGCACAAGGAGACAUGCAGGGCACAAGGAGACAUGGGUCCCCCGAGAUCCCACAAACCCCAGGCCCGCUGCCCGGGUCACAGGUAAUUACGUGCGGCUCCACAUGAAGCAGAGGCGCUACACGCGGGGCACUAUGCACAGCAGGCUCCUCCGCAGGCAGGUGUGGAAACAGAAGUGGCAGAAGAAAGCUUAUCUUGUGGGGCAUCGGUCUGGGGCCACAGCCGAGGCAUCUUGUUUCCAGUGUGGGCAGCUUGGCCACUGGGCAUCCCGGUGCCCCCAGCGGGAACCUGCCUCGGCACCCCCAAAGGCGGUUGGAGGAGCGGAGGGUGGCAGGCAGAUGCCGUUCACAUUGGAGGAAGGAGCCCGGGAGCCAGGCGUUGCCUCCCACUACGUAGCAGAGGGCAAGGAAGACACAGAGCCUCCUGAGUCUGAACCCUUGGGGCCCGCGGAGCCCUGCUUGCCCCAGCCUGUGCCGCCCCUCUACCCACUGGGACCCUCGGGGCAGGUGGCAGAGACCCCGGCGGAGGUGUUUCAGGCCCUGCGGCAACUGGGGCACCAGGCCUUCCGCCCUGGGCAGGAACAGGCGGUCAUGCGGGUGUUGUCUGGCCUGUCCACACUGCUCGUGCUGCCCACGGGCGCUGGCAAGUCCCUAUGCUAUCAGCUCCCUGCUGUGCUCUACGCCCGGCGCCAACCUUGCCUAGCAUUGGUCGUCUCGCCCCUCUUGUCUCUCAUGGAUGAUCAGAUGUCUGGGCUGCCCCGGGGCCUAGGGGCGGCGUGCGUCCACUCAGGCAUGACCAGGCAGCAGCGAGAGGCCGUCUGGAAAAAGGUCCAGGCAGCCAAAGUGCAGGUGCUGAUGGUGUCGCCUGAGACACUUGUGGGGCCUGGGGGCACCAGCCACCUCCCCCAACUCCCCCCCAUCUCCUUUGCCUGCCUGGACGAGGCCCACUGUCUCUCUCAGUGGGCCCACAACUUCCGGCCCUGCUACCUGCGAGUCUGUAAGGUGCUGCGGGAACAGCUGGGUGUGCGCUGCUUCCUGGGCCUCACAGCCACGGCCACACGCCGCACCGCCCGGGACGUGGCCCAGCACCUGGGGGUGGCUGGGGAGGCGGGCCUUGAGCGGCCGGCUGCCGUUCCCAGCAACCUGCACCUCUCUGUGUCCAUGGACAGGGAUCCCAACCAGGCCCUGGUGACCCUGCUGCGCAGUGACCGCUUCCAAGCUCUGGACGCCAUCAUUAUCUACUGCGUCCGGCGGGAGGACACGGAGCGGGUGGCUGCCCUGCUGCGCACCUGCCUGCCUGCAGCUAGGGGCCCGGGGUCUGGAGGUCACGGCCCAGAGGAGGUCGCCGAGGCCUACCACGCUGGCAUGUGUGCCCAGGAGCGGAAGCGGGUGCAGCGGGCCUUCAUGGGGGGCCGACUGCGCAUGGUGGUGGCCACGGUGGCCUUCGGGAUGGGGCUGGACCGGCCGGACGUGCGGGCUGUGCUGCACCUGGGGCUGCCCCCGAGCUUGGAGAGCUACGUGCAGGCAGUGGGCCGGGCCGGGCGCGACGGGCAGCCGGCGCAUUGCCACCUCUUCCUGCAGCCCCAGGGUGAGGACCUGCGCGAGUUGCGCAGGCAUGUGCACGCUGAGGCCACCGAUUUCCUGGCCAUGAAGAGGCUGGUGCAGCAAGUUUUUCCACCCUGCCCUUGCAUCCAGCCGCUUGGUGGGCAGGAGGGCAGGGACAGGCCCGAGGCCCAGGCUGCCUGGACCUCGUCCCCACCUGAGACCAAGCACCCCAGCCACAGACCCGCAGCCCAGUGCCCGGGUCACAGGCGGGCGCUCCCGAUGCAGCCCACUACGGAAGCACUGGACAUGCCCCCAGAGGCUGUGGAGACGCUGUUGUGCUACCUCGAGCUGCAUCCGCAGCGCUGGCUACAGCUGCUGCCGCCCACCUACACACGCUGCCGCCUGCACUGCCCCGGCGGCCCUGCUGAAGUUCAGACCCUGGCCCGCAGAUGCGCCACUCUGGCCACGGGCCUGGCCUGCCAGCCACUUGAGACCCAGAGCAGGGGCGGCGUGUCCGUGGAGUUUGAUGUGGUGCAGCUGGCGGACUCCAUGGGCUGGGAGCUGGCCCCUGUGCGGCAGGCGCUCCGCCGGCUGCAGCGGGACCCAGAGCCCAGCACAGGUGGCCGCACAGACCCCGGGGUGCGGGUCGAGUUCAGGGAGCUGGCCUUCCACCUGCGCAGCCGUGGGGAUUUGACAGCCGAGGAGAAGGAUCAGAUCUGUGACUUUCUGUACGGCCGCGUGUGUGCUCGCGAGCGGGUGUCUCUGGCGCGGCUACACCACGCCUUCCAGUUGUUCCACAGCGUCGCCUUCCCCAGCUGCGGACCCUGCCUAGAGCAGGCUGACCAGGAGCGAAGCGCCAGGCUCAAGGCACUGCUCGGCCGCUACUUCGAGGAAGAGGAGGACCCAGGGAUCCUGGAGGAGGAGCCCGGGCCGGGGCCAGGCCAGGCCGAGCUGCACGGCUGGGAGGACCAGGUCCGCAGGGACACCCGCCACCUCCUGUCUGCGUGGCCAGAGCAGCAGUUCUCGGGCAGGGCGGUGGCCCGCAUCUUCCAUGGCAUCGGAAGCCCCCGCUACCCGGCCCAGGUGUACGGGCGGGACCGGCGGUUCUGGAGGAAGUACUUGCACCUGAGCUUCCAUGCACUUAUGCACCUGGCCACAGAGGAGAUCCUGGCACGGACCUGCUGACCACCCAAGCAGGCAGGCGUCAGAGCAGGGAGCAGGAGUGCAGCUCCCACAGCCCUAGUGGGAACCAGCACCCCCAAAACACAGAAUAAAGACAAUGAAGUAGCUUUUAAUGCCCCUGUGUGGUGCGGCACGCAGUCCGGGGACAGCUUUGCGGGCCACGUCUUGAGCAGCCCGGCCUUGGCAGUUCAGUCCGGGGAGCCGGGCACAAGGCCCAGGUAGAGGAGCGGCGUGGCCGUGAGGGCGAGGAAGGAGAAGAAGCAGCGCUGCAGGCCCAGGCUAUCUGCCAGGGCCCCC